AUGCCUCGACUUUUCAACUCUCUCCUCACAAUCGCCACCGCUGCCUUGAUCAUCUUUGCUCUUUCAAAAUACUUCCAGAAUAUCAACCCUCCGACAGCGGACUUCUGGGAGCCACAUUUCCCUCCCGUGGGAGUCCUCGCCCAUGAACAAACAGUUCUUGGAAGUCUCCCAGAUGUCGGCGAUACAUAUCUCGUCGGCCUGGGCCGCGGCGAUAUCACAGGCCCAGUCGUAGAGUUGAACCUCAUGGGUUAUGCCGAAGUGGGCCAGGUCGGCUCUGGUCUGCGACAGAGGCUCUACUCGCGCGCAUUCAUCGUGGGUGACCCAGAUAAACCGCAGGACCGCUUCGUCUAUCUCGUCCUGGAUAUUCAAUCUGGCGAUACGGCCGUCCGACAUGGAGUCUUAGAAGCGCUGGCAGCUCUGGGCCCGGAAUAUGCCAUGUACGGACAGAACAACGUCGCCAUCACCGGAACUCAUUCGCAUAGUGGACCGGGCGGCUACAACAAUUAUCUCCUGCCGACCAUCACUAGCAAGGGUUUCAGUAAAGCCUCGUAUCAAGCUAUUGUAGAUGGCGCCGUCAGAUCCAUCGUGCAGGCACACGAGCGCCUUGCGCCUGGCAGCUUGAGUGUUGGUACGAUCGAUGUGCUUGACGCCAGUGUCAAUCGAAGUCCGCACUCUUACCUUGCCAAUCCUUUGGAGGAGCGUGCACGAUAUAGCGAAAAUGUCGACAAGGCCAUGAGCGUUUUGCGGUUCACCCAGAUGACCGACUCAGGCGAACAUCGGGAUGUCGGCAUCUUCACCUGGUUUGCCGUGCAUGGAACCAGCGUCCUUGCCAACAACACGCUGAUCAACGGUGACAACAAGGGUGUGGCUGCGUACCUCUUCGAGCAAUAUGCAGGUGACCCCUCCUUCGUCGCAGGCUUUUCCCAAGCCAACGUCGGUGACUCUUCUCCCAACAACAUGGGCGCCUAUUGUGAAUAUGGACCUCAAAUUGGUCAGAUGUGCGACUUCGAGACGAGUCUCUGUGGAGGACGGACCAACCCCUGCCACGCACGCGGCCCAAUGUUCGGGCGCAACGACGCCGGAACUGCAUCUGGAUAUGAGAUUGGUCAGAGGCAAUUCGAAGGCGCUCGCAAGCUAUUUGAAGACCACAAAGCAUUCAAGCCGAUCCGGGGACAGAUCGUCCGCGGUCUGCAUCAAUUCGUCGACUUCAGCUCCUUCGAAUUCACCCUCGCAAACGGCACGAUCGCCAAGACCUGUCCAGCCGCACUGGGCUACUCCUUCGCCGCCGGAACCAGCGACUGGCCGGGAAACUUCGACUUCAAACAAGCCCAGCCGCACGAUCCCCAUGCCAACCCGCUCUGGGCCAUGGUAUCCAGCCUGAUCGCCAAACCCAACGAGACCCAACGACUCUGCCACCGCGAGAAACCCAUCCUUCUGGACGUCGGCGAGAGCGAUCGCCCCUAUGCCUGGAGCCCCAACAUCGUCGACGUGCAGCUCCUGCGCGUGGGAAAUCUCUUUCUGAUCGCCGCGCCAGGCGAGGCCUCCACCAUGGCCGGUCGCCGCUGGCGCGAAGCCAUCCACAAAUCCGCCAAAGCCCACUUCCCCGAGUUCAAAAACAACGACGGCGAGGACGAACCCAUCGUCCUCCUGGGCGGCCUCGCAAAUUCCUACACCCACUACAUCGUCACCCCAGAAGAAUACACCCGGCAGCGCUACGAGGGCGCCUCGACCCUCUACGGGCCCUGGACUCUAGACGCCCACAUCAACCGCUCCCUCUCCCUCCUCCCCCACCUCUCCUCCUCGUCCCCUUCAUCCCCGGAUCUCCCCCCAGGCCCCUCCCCGCCGAUCAACACCAACGACAGCCUCUCCUUCAUCAGCCCCGUCGUGAUGGACCGCGCGCCCCUCUUCCGCUCCUUCGGCUCCAUCACCCGCGACGUGUCGGCGCACUACAUCGCCGGGGACACGAUCACGGCGCGGUUCGUGGGCGCCAACCCGCGCAACAACCUGCGGCUCGAGGGGACGUUCGCGGCGGUGGAGAAGCUCGUGCCGGGGACCCGGCGGUGGGAGCGCAUCCGGUCGGACCGCGACUGGAGCCUCGUCUACGCCUGGAAGCGGUCCUCCACCGCGCUGGGCACGAGCAUCGUGGAGAUCCGCUGGGAGACGGGCUGGGAGACGGGCCGCGGCCAUUACCGCCUGAGGUACUACGGCGACGCGAAGAGGAUCGGGGGCGUAGUGACGCCUUUUGUGGGGACGAGUGGGAUUUUCACGAUUGUUUAG